UUUUCUUUUUCUUGUCUAGUGAACAGAUAUGAUCCAGAACUGUACAUGAAUCACUUUGGUUGGAGAUCGUGAGCAUUCAAUAAUGAGUGGUGCAGCUUUAGGACUUGAGAUUGUUUUUGUCUUUUUUCUGGCAUUGUUCCUCCUUCAUCGAUAUGGAGACUUUAAGAAACAGCAUAGACUUGUAAUCAUUGGAACACUGCUUGCUUGGUAUCUCUGCUUUCUUAUUGUCUUCAUCCUGCCACUGGAUGUCAGUACGACAAUAUACAACCGAUGCAGACAUGCUGCUGCAAAUUCCAGCCCUCCUGAAAAUAACAAUGUUACAGGAGUGUAUGAACCUGUCACCCCAGCUCCAAGACAACAUCCAUGUUUCAAGCCAUGGAGUUACAUUCCAGAUGGGAUCAUGCCAAUUUUUUGGAGGGUAGUUUAUUGGACAUCACAGUUUUUAACCUGGAUUCUGUUACCUUUUAUGCAGUCAUAUGCAAGAUCUGGAGGGUUUUCAAUCACUGGGAAGAUAAAAACAGCCCUGAUUGAGAACGCAAUCUAUUAUGGCACUUACUUGCUGAUAUUUGGAGCAUUUCUAAUUUAUGUGGCUGUAAACCCACGUUUGCAUUUAGAAUGGAACCAACUUCAGACUAUUGGGAUAGCUGCUGCUAACACAUGGGGUCUGUUUCUUCUUGUGUUAUUAUUGGGGUAUGGCUUGGUGGAGAUUCCUCGGUCAUACUGGAAUGGAGCCAAAAGGGGUUAUCUACUGAUGAAGACUUACUUUAAGGCAGCCAAACUGAUGACAGAGAAAGCGGAUGCAGAAGAGAACUUGGAGGAUGUAAUGGAGGAGGUUCGUAAGGUAAAUGAAAGCAUUAAAUAUAACCACCCAUUGAGAAAAUGUGUUGAUACAAUACUUAAAAAGUGCCCUACAGAUUAUCAGGAAAAAAUGGGUAGAAAUAUGGAUGAUUAUGAAGAUUUUGACGAAAAGCGUAAUACCUACCCAAGUGAAAAAAGUUUGGUAAAAUUGCAUAAACAGGUCAUUUAUUCAGUUCAAAGGCACCGUCGAACUCAAGUGCAAUGGCAGAUUCUUUUGGAACAGGCAUUCUAUCUAGAAGAUGUAGCCAAAAAUGAGACGAGUGCAACUCAUCAGUUUGUUCACACCUUUCAGUCACCUGAGCCAGAAAACCGAUUUAUCCAAUAUUUUUAUAAUCCUACAGUUGAAUGGUACUGGGAAUGCCUGUUACGUCCAUGGUUUCACAGGAUCCUUGCUGUGGUUUUGUCUGUCUUCUCUGUGAUUGUUGUGUGGUCAGAGUGCACCUUCUUUAGCACGACUCCUGUCUUGUCUCUCUUUGCAGUCUUCAUACAGCUGGCAGAAAAAACAUACAACUAUAUUUAUAUUGAGAUUGCUUGCUUCCUUUCCAUCUUCUUCUUAAGUAUCUGUGUUUACUCUACUGUGUUCAGGAUUCGAGUAUUUAAUUACUACUACUUGGCUUCACAUCAUCAGACUGAUGCCUACAGUCUUCUUUUCAGCGGCAUGUUAUUUUGCCGUUUGACUCCCCCUUUAUGUCUUAACUUCUUGGGAUUGACCCAUAUGGAUUCAUCCAUCUCUCACCAGAAUACUCAGCCAACUGCCUAUACAUCUAUCAUGGGUUCCAUGAAAGUUUUAUCCUUUAUUGCAGAUGGAUUCUAUAUAUAUUAUCCUAUGUUGGUGGUAAUUCUCUGCAUUGCUACUUAUUUUAGUUUGGGAACCCGUUGUUUGAAUCUGCUUGGUUUCCAGCAGUUCAUGGGAGAUAAUGAUAUGACAUCAGAUCUAGUUGAUGAAGGAAAAGAACUAAUCAGACGAGAGAAAAGAAAAAGGCAAAGGCAAGAGGAAGGUGAAAAUAGAAGAAGAGAGUGGAAAGAACGUUAUGGACACAACAGAGAAGAUUCCACUAGGAACAGAAAUGUUCAUCCUGACCCCAAAGAGCCAAAUUUCUCAGAUACUACUACCAAUUGGUCAUCCAAGUACACCAGGGCUAAUAACAGGACUGAAAGAGACCGAAUAGAACUUCUCCAGGAUGCAGAACCUUUGGAUUUUAAUGCAGAAACAUUCACUGAUGAUUCUCUGGAACCUGAAUCAGGAAGGUAUCAACCUGGUGGACGCUAUCUCUCCAUGUCUUCCAGCAUAAUAUUUGAAGAUAUCUGAAGUCUAAAGAAAUUCAUGGCCCAAGUAACCAAUGUCAUCACAUCAGCUCAGCCUUUAUGAACAUCUUUGUGCCCUACAAUUCCUCUGUUCUCCCUGUGAAUAUUAAGGAUAACACAAAUGGCAUUGAAAAUGGAUCACAUCUUAACAAAGUUAGCUUAUUUUUGCUUGACUAGAGUAUCAUCUUUCCUGAUAGGAUUUAUUACAUACCAUCUGAGGUGUCUCCCUUAGAAGUGCAGUUAAGUGGAAGGAUUCAAUUCAUGAUAAGCAUAGAACACGGUUGGUUUCAAGUUAAUUUUUCUUUCAGGGGAGUUUGUUUUUUUUUUCUUUUGGUUUUUCGAGACAGGGUUUCUCUGUGUAGCUUUGGAACCUAUCCUGGCGCUCGCUCUGGAGACCAGGCUGGCCUUGAACUCAUAGAGAUCUGCCUGCCUCUGCCUCCCAAGUGCUGGUAUUAAAGGUGUGGGCCACCAACACCCGGCAAGGGGAGUUAUUUUAAAGUCCAAGGAAACCAUAAGUCAUACUAAAUACUACAAUUUUAUAGGUAUAAUUAAAAUGUAUUCAACCUACAUUUCCCAAAGAAGUGAAAGUGAACUGAGACCUCAGAUAAUUACCUUAUUCACAAAAUUCACAUCUUAAAAAAGGCUUCCUUAUGAGACAUAACUGAAUGUAAACAACUCUUCUUCUGGUCUGUAUACAAAUUAAUGGGAUUUUGCAUGCAUAAUUAAGAUUAUUCUUCAAUUGAUAGUGUUAGUGUCUUUAGCAUGUGUAUUCUAAUUUGGUGAUGUGUUAGUCUUUUCAUUCUUUGUGGUAACUGAAUCUUUUUAUGGUUUUGAUAUUACUGCUUUAUAAAAAGAUUUUCAUUUCAGAAAAAAACAUUCACCUUUAGCAUUUAGCAUAUUGACUUGACACUGAUCAUUCCAACCAAGAAAAAAAAAAUAAGUAUUAAUGGUAAAUAAUAUAUAUAUAUAUAUAUAUAUAUAUAUACAUCCAAAAAGUUACCCAAGUUCUCUAAUACUUAAAAGAUGCCUGUUAAUAGUCCUUGAAAAGAAAAUGUCUGGCUAUUUUGGCUAUUCAGAGGUAAAAAGAAAAAUAAGCCAUUUAUGAUUAUUGUUAGCACUAAAAUUGUAGCUUAGAAAAAACAGAAAAAUGUAUUAGAAUAGAAAUGUAUAGUAAUAAUUUCUUUGUUAAACAUGCUUAUUAUUUUAAAUUGGUAGUUUCAACCUUCACAUUUAAGCCAAACUUGGGUAUUACAUUUUAAAGAGCAAGUGUUUUAUUACAAAGUCAACAUGGUUGAGUGCAACAUGUUUGCAGGGAUUGUUUUAUGGUCCUGAAGUAUUUGUGUCUCUUAAAGAAUCCAUUCUACAUGAAUGACCAGAUUUGAACUUGUCCAGAACAGUCUCCCAUCUUUUUCCUUACAAUUAUUACUAGGGCUCAAGUGUUGAGGACAUAGUUCUAUAUUGGUACUGAAAGGAAGGAUGCAUCAUCCUCAUUAUCUUUCUUUUUUAAUAAUUGCAUUUUAUGACCUUUCAAAUAGAUCCCCCUUUAAGUAAUUAUCAACAGAUAGAUUUAUUCUGAACAGAUGGUUGCAUAGCCUGCUUAAUUCAAGGACACGUAACGCAUAUAAGCUUUUACUGUGAAAUGUGGUCAGAAAGAGGUUGACCAGAGCACUGAUAAUGUAAUGCUGUUUAUAAUUUCGUGAUUGGUUCCUGGAAUACAUUGGGCAGAUCAUGGAACCUUUCAGUGCCUCACUUUCUUCAUUUUCAGAAUGAAGGAUGUAUUUGCUACUUACAUACUGAUCUACCUCACGAAACUGUUGUGAGGGGUUAGGUUGAUGUCUGUGUGCUGGGGUUCUGCUGGGCUGUUUUAUUUGUUUGUACUUUUUUAAGUAGUACUUUGAAAGGGAUGAUUAUCACAGUAAGGGGUCUUUGAGAAGCUUUAAAGUUCCCAAAUUUGUUUAAAGUCCCUGACAUAGUGUUUCAUCAUUUGUUCUGUGGGUUUACUUUGGAAUAUUUUUCUUAAAUACAUUUUUGUUAAAUUUUUUUUCUUAAUACUCAGACGCUAUUGUUGGAAUAGAAGGAAAAAAAGAAAGGUCCAAUUUUACAACUAAGUUUGAUAAUGCACUAAACAAAUAGAUAGGAAUGUGUAAAGGAAUUUGGGUAUUUUCUUUGAAGGUUACACUAAUAGAAGCAUACAUAUAUAUGCUUACAUAUGUAUGCUUCACAGAUAAUACUGGGUCUUGUUAUGGCUUUUGAGUUAUUUCCACAGUGAAUUUUUGCCGUUUCAGUGAUCCAGAAUGUUCAAAUUUUUAAAGCGUUUCUCUUACUGGAUUUUGUACGCAACUAUCAAGAAAAGUUACUUUGCUGGGUAAAUUUAGUUUAGAAGGCAAUGAUUUCAUGCUGGGAGACUGAGUUUAUUUCUGAUGGAUUACAUUAAUAUUUAUUAAGCCACUUUGUGUAAAUCAUUGGUAGCAUGUACAAUAUUUUUAUUUUUUGAGACUUAUUAAUACAUAAAGAUACAAUCACAGAAAUAUUACUACAGAGUUCACAUGCUUUAUGUGCAAAAUGAUUUUCUUAAAGAAUUAUUUCUGGUACUUUUUAUGUCUUUCUUACAUACUAAUAAGUACUUGAUUAGGAUUAUCUAAAAUUUUGGUUUUUUGAGACAGGGUCUCAUGUAGCCCAGGCUGGCCUCAAACUGUCUAUAUAACUGGGGAUGACCUUGAAUUUCUGAUCCUCCUCCUUCUCCUCCCACCUUCUAAGAUUAAAGACAUGUGCCACAUCACCGAUAUCAAUAUUUUUAAAUAAUUGUUAGUUAAGAAUACUUAACUAAUAACUCAAAAUAAGCAUUAUAGAAAAAAAUCUAUAAAUUUCAAGAAUCAUUUAUAUGUAUUGUUAAUUUACUUCUUAAAACUACAUAAUCAUUUUAUUAAUUGUACAAUUUUGUAAAAGAAUUUUAAAUAAGAAUUAAAAUAUAAAUAUAAUUAUAUUUGCUAUCAUACCACAAUCAUACAAGAGUUUUAGAAUAAUUCCAUCCCACAAAAGGGUUUCAUUUCAUACAAGCGGUGAAACUUAAGUCAAAGAAUGAAAAGUUCCCAUCAUAAAAACUGACCAGAUUCAACCAUUUAAACAUCCAAAAGGAAGUGUUACUUGUUGGUGUGUUUCUGGCCUCUACCAUUUAAAUUGUCUAAUCUAAAAUCGAAGCAUAGUAUAUGUCCAAAUUAAGUGUAGGUGGUAGAGUCACUUUUUAGUGCAUUUUUGCAUUAGAAUGGACACAUUUCAUUAUGCUUAUUUAUAGGCCUCAUUUUAUAUCUUUAAAAGGCAUAGAGAAUGUUUUUGAUAGUAUAUUGAUUAUCAUAUUAAGGGAGAAAUAAAACCUAUAAUUACAGUUCAGGCUAUAAAGUAAGAUUUGUACUUUCUGAAUGAGCCAUGUCUAAAAAAAUCACAAGGAUGAAAAUAUAUUUGUACUAAGAAACAAAACAUGUCCUUGAGAAGUCAUAGCACACUUGAAUUUUCAAGGUGCAAUGGACUAUAUAAAUUUAACUUUAAAAGCUAAGAAGUAAGCAUAUUUAGGGGUUUACCUUUCUUUUGUGCCUCCCACUCUCCCACCUUCCCUCCUUCUCGCCGCUCUUUAUUGACUUUUAGUAUGCUGACAGAUUUUUCUCCUUUGUUUGUCUUAUGUACACAUUUAUUUUUGAUGAGCAGUACAGACAAAAGGAACUACUUCUGACUUUAAAUCCCAUUACUUGAAAUGGCAGUAUUGUACCUAAAGUAGUAAAACAGACUGCUGGUCAAGCGAACAGUGUUUGUCUGUAUAGAAGCAUGGUGCAUACUAGCUCAGUGCAUUUUCUUUUAAGUGACUAAGGAGAGCACUGCAGUAAAAAUUAUUUUCGCUAUAAAAAUUUGUAUAAAAUUACUUUAAAAUGCCCAACAUUAAGAACUGUGAGGUAUUUUAUCAUAAAAAGGAACUUAUAAAAAUACUCAUGUUUAAAAAUUGAACAAAGAGUUACAGGGGCCUUUGUGAAAUCUGAAUUUUUUUACUUCUGGAUCAGUGACGUUUUGUGGCUAUUGACUUGGAAGACUAGGCAGGUUUAGCCCAACUUCCAGCCCCUGGAUCCCAGCACUGUGAGCCCUCUACCCAAUGGGGUAGGCACUACCCUCCUUUCCACUGCCAAGGAAGCAGGCUCACCUCUAAUCACUUCCAGAUUAGCCAGUGUAACAACACUUCAAUGGAUUUAUCCAUUGAGAUCAGGUGUCAUAUUGCUGUAAUUUACAUUUUUCUUAGUAAAUAAGACUUGGUAUAAUUCUGUCAUCACUAUCCUAAAAGAUGAUUUGGUUUCUUCCCCUCAAACCUUUUCUUUGGCAGUUAUAUUGAUUAUAAAUAAUGUUGUAAAAGAAUUUUACUGUGUUUGGUGCACAAGUGUAGGGAGAAUAGCUGACUGUGGCAGACAUGUAAGGCAAAUCCACAGCGCAUUAAGUGCACAGCUUUUGGAGUUGGCAUCACGGCAUAUGUCUUCUGUCUUUAUCAGAAGAAUACUGCUAACCUCUUCCUUGUUUGGCACACCGAGUUGUUGGAAGAGACUGUGUUAUUUAUUUAUUCUGUUAAGCAAUCCAAUGGAUUUGUUUUUGUCUAUAUUUUGGGAGCAACUUGAAGGAUUUUUCUCAUUUUAGAAGAUAGAAAAUAUGUAUACCUAUCUUUUAAAUACUGUAACCUAAUAUAUAAAUUAUAGCAUUGAAAAGUAAAAUAUCUCUAAGUAUUGAUGCUGUUAUUUCCUGGUAUUUAAUUUUUAUAAAUGUUUUGUAAGUAAGUAAUUGUAGUAAUUCCUUUUAAAUAGUUUUAAAGUCAUCUUUAAGUUCUGACCCAACACACUGCCUUAGUACAAUAUUCUAAAGUGCAGUAUUCUGAUAUGGAUUUGAAACAUGCCUGCAUUUCCUUAGUUUUUUCAUAUGUAUGUAUACAUGCACCACACACCAGUACCCAAGAAAAGCAUACCAUAAGCCUAAUUUCCACAUUGCAUUGAUAAAGAGCUUGGUAUUUUGCUUUCAUAUAAUUCAGUUGACUAGAUGAAAUAGAGCAUAAAUCUUUUCAAAUUGUAUCCAGUCACAACUUUCAAAAUGGUAACUCUUCAUUUUUGGGGUGCAUGAUGCCAACUUUAUCUUUCAUCAGCCUUUAUUACUGGAUAUUACUGGAUGUAUUCCUACCUGGCCAGUAGGCUGUAAAUUUAACUAUUUUUCUGUAGAUUCUCACUACAUUUUCAAAUCUAUCUUUGGAAAAUACUGCAAAGUGCUAUCAGUAAGUAAGUUAGCAUCUUUGGCCUUAUCUGUGCAUAAUGUUCCUUAGUUUGAUUUUGACAAACUCAUUAACUCACAAUUCCUUUGUAGUAUUGUAACUGACUGUGAUGUAAUGAACUUUUUGAAGUGUUUAUAUGAUUCAUUGUUAAAAUAUAGGAUAUUAUGUAGCUUUGCAUGAAAUAAACUACAUUUCUAUGAGCUA